AUGGACAGGUACUGGUCCCAUGUGGUGAAUUGCAAGAGUUGCAAUUCUGCAUAUAAGAGCCUCAAUGUGGCUGAAGUAAUGCUGCAGAUCAUAUCAGUUGCUUCAGUUGGGAUUGUGGCCACCAUGAAGCAGGGUACAAUGUCAGUGGCAGCAAGAAACUCAAUGGUUGUGUUAGCAGUACUAUCAUUUGCAUUGUCUCGGUGGAACAUGGAAGCUUUAUGUGUUUUUUCUGUUGGCACACUUCACAUCCCGACAGCAUUAGAAACACCAACCUCAUUUAGGAAAUCAAUAUUCUUGAGCAACCAUGUGAAUUCACCAAUUUCAUUGGUUCUCAGGGGAAGUUCAAAAUCUAAGUUUUUCACUGCCUUGUCACCCCCUCCAUUGACAGAAACCAGCAACCAACCCGAGUCUGAGCCAGAGUUUGAAGGGAAAGAAGAGAAGUUUGACUGGUACUCUCAGUGGUACCCUUUAAUGCCAAUUUGUGACCUUGACAAGAGGAAACCUCAUGGAAAGAGGGUGUUGGGCAUUGAUGUGGUUGUGUGGUGGGAUAGGAAUGAGGGUGCAUGGCAGGUUCAUGAUGAUGCUUGUCCUCACAGAUUAGCACCCUUGUCUGAUGGAAGGAUUGAUCAAUGGGGCCGGUUGCAGUGUGUGUAUCAUGGUUGGUGUUUCAAUGGCAAAGGAGAAUGCAAGUUCAUUCCUCAGGCAAACCGUGAUGGCCCUCCGAUUCAUACAUCCAAGAAAGCAUGUGUAGCUUCUUACCCAAGUACGGUGCAGAAUGAUAUCUUGUGGUUCUGGCCCAAUAGUGAUCCUCAAUACAAAGAUAUUAUUACAAGAAAUCGGCCCCCACACAUACCAGAAAUAGAUGAUCCAUCUUUUACGAAAUUAAUGGGAAACAGAGACAUUCCUUAUGGGUAUGAAGUACUGAUAGAAAAUCUUAUGGACCCUGCACAUAGCUUAAUGACAGUGAAAGCUGAUAGAGAAGGGGGCAGGCCACUUGAAUUGUCUAUUGAAAAAUUAGAUAUCAAUGGUUUUACAGCAGAUCAGGGUUGGAGCAAUGCAAAAUUUAUGCCACCAUGCAUUUUUUAUGCAUAUCCUCCAGAUGAGACUGCCUCAUCUGGUCAAACUCAGAAGCCAUCAGCUCAAAAGAAGUUUGCUUUAGUCUUUAUUUGUGUUCCGGUUAGUCCUGGUAAAAGUAGAUUAAUAUGGUGCUUUCCAAGGAAUUUUGGAUUGUGGAUGGACAAAAUUGUACCACGGUGGAUAUUUCAUGUGGGGCAAAACCUGAUUCUAGAUUCAGAUUUAUAUCUCCUCCAUGUUGAGGUAAAUACUGAACAUAAAAUAAUGGAUAUUGGUCCAAACAAUUGGCAAAAGGCCUGUUUUGUGCCAACAAAGUCAGAUGCCCUUGUUGUUGGUUAUAGAAAGUGGUUGAAGAAGUAUGCAGGUGGUCAGGUUGAUUGGAGAGGAAAAUAUAGUGGGGCUCUUCCUCCAACACCCCCCAGAGAACAGCUUAUGGACAGGUACUGGUCCCAUGUAGUGAAUUGCAAGAGUUGCAAUUCUGCAUAUAAGAGCCUCAAUGUGGCUGAAGUAAUGCUGCAGAUCAUAUCAGUUGCUUCAGUUGGGAUUGUGGCCACCAUGAAGCAGGGUACAAUGUCAGUGGCAGCAAGAAACUCAAUGGUUGUGUUAGCAGUACUAUCAUUUGCAUUGUCUCGGUGGUUAGCUCACUUCAUAUACAAAAACUUCCGCUAUCAUGGCUACGACCAUGCCUUCCGCUAA